AUGGAUUUCUUCCGUAGUAAUCCCGCACCGACUAACGUUGGAGCACCUCAAGUAAUCGUCACCCAGCAACCUCUAAGGACACCGAUUCCAAUGUUCGAUGGAAAGUACGAAGGUUGGCCAAAAUUCAAGGCGCUAUUCAACGACCUGGUUGGAAAGUGCGGUGACUCCGAUGCAACUAAGCUACAGUACCUUGACAAAGCAUUGAUUGGGGAUGCUUCUGGUAUACUGGACGCUAGAAUCAUCAAUAACAACAACUACCUGCACGCGUGGAAGCUGUUAGAAGAGCGUUUUGAGAAUCCUAGAGUGAUUAUUGAUACUCACAUAUCUGGUUUGCUGUCUAUGAAAGCAAAUCCCAAGCAGAGCUACAAGGAUUUGAGAUCACUAAUCGACACGUGCAGUCGUCAUGUGGAAGGCCUGAGGUUCAUGAAACAGGAGGUUGACGGAACGGCGGGACUCAUCGUAGUGAAAUUAUUAGAAAUUAUGUGCCUGGAUGGAGAAACACGGAAACAGUGGGAGCAAACCUUGGAGCAUGGCGAACUUCCCGAUCUGGAUGACACCCUGAAGUUUCUCCGAAAUUAUUGCCAGGUACUCGAGAGAUGCGAGGUAGACAUGGCGUCAGCAAAGAUAGCAUUUAAACCACUUGCAACCGGAAGAACAGCCGCCCAACCGAGAAAUUCGCAUCCAGUGACUUCGAGUUCAUCGGAUAAUGUGUGUGAAUUAUGUGAAGGUCAGCACAGCAACUACAAAUGUUCUAAGUUCUUGAGCAUGAGUAUCGAUCAGCGUGUUAAAAAGUGA